GGAACUGGGGACUUCGGUGUUAGCAAGGAUGGCGGCGGCCGCAGCGAGUCGAGGAAUCGGGGCAAAGCUGGGCCUGCGUGAGAUUCGCAUCCACUUACGUCAGCGCUCGCCCGGCAGCCAGGGCGUCAGGGACUUCAUUGAGAAACGCUAUGUGGAGCUGAAGAAGGCGAAUCCCGACCUACCCAUCCUAAUCCGCGAAUGCUCCGAUGUGCAGCCCAAGCUCUGGGCCCGCUACGCAUUUGGCCAGAAGAAUGUCCCUUUGAACAACGUCAGUGCUGAUCAGGUAACCAGAGCCCUGGAGAACGUAUUAAGUGGUAAAGCCUGAAGCCUCCACUGAGGAUUAAGAGCAACAGCCCCAGAGCCUGGGCUCUGCUGGACUUAGUAUAAUGUGAAAAAAAUGUGUUCUCCUAUUCCUCAUAAAGCUUGUGCUGUAAAAUA